AUGUUGGCAUCCUCUUCCCCCAUGCCACUUCUUGUCCACUCCUUUUACACUACUAAAUCUUUUGCUGUCUUCUUAUUCUUCCUCCUCCUUACCCUCAUUGCUACCUUUUCUUUCCCUGUCGAGGCCGCCUUCAGAUGCCACCCCGACGACCAAGCCAGCCUCCUCGCCUUCAAGUUUGGUUUCACCUCCGACUCUUCCGGCAUCCUCCACACUUGGAACUCCAGCACCGACUGCUGCACCUGGAAUGGUGUCUCCUGUCGUGCUGACAUUAAUAAUCGGGUCACUUUCUUCUACUUAUACGGCCAACCCGACCAUCCCCGUUCCUUCUUAUCUGGUACCAUCUCCCCUUCUCUCACCAAACUUCAGUAUCUCGAACCCAUCCACCUCAUAAAUCUCCGCAACUUAACUGGUCCUCUUCCUGAUUUUUUCCUCCGUCUACCUCGAUUAGCCUAUGUUUAUCUCACGGGCAACCGCCUGUCGGGUCCUAUACCUGAAUCCAUUGGCAACAUGACCCAACUCCGAGCUCUUGGUCUCCAGGGAAACCGAUUCACUGGCCAGAUUCCAAGCUCAAUCGAGAAGUUAACUCACCUGGAUCACAACCGCCUCACCGGAACCAUCCCUGAUUUUUUCACCGCUUUUACGAACCUCGUCAUUCUCGACCUCAGUGGGAAUAAGCUCACCGGAAACAUCCCUUCCAGCGUAUCCACACUUUUCCCUACCCUCCGAUACUUGGCGUUAGGCCACAAUCAUUUGACCAGAAAAAUCCCUGAUUUCCUCGGGAAGUUCCGGAUCCUGGACACAUUGGACUUGUCCUGGAACAACUUUUCGGGGACGGUGCCCAAAACAUUCGUCAAUCUAACCAAGAUAUUCAACCUGGAUCUUUCUCACAACCAUCUGGUUGAUCCAUUCCCCACAUUGUACGUCAAAGGAAUCGAAUCCAUCGACCUCUCUUACAAUCAGUUCCAUUUAGUUAACAUUCCGCCCUGGAUUACUUCUUCUCCAACUAUCUACUCCCUGAAGCUGGCAAAAUGUGGGCUCAAGCUCAAGUUGGACGACUGGAAACCAUCAGAAACCUACUUCUACGACUACAUCGAUUUCUCCGACAAUGAAAUCACGGGAAGUCCAUUCAACAUUCUUAACAAUACAGACUACCUGGUGGGGUUCUAUGCCUUGGGGGAUAAACUGCAGUUUGAUUUGGGGACUUUGAGGUUACCAAAAACCCUCCAAUUUCUUGAUUUGUCGAGGAAUUUGGUGAAAGAGAAAGUUCCCGGCGCAGUUUCAGGGCUUUAG